AUGGUACCGGUCAUGUUCGAAAUUGGUCACUUCCCCCGGGGAACGCAGAACCUGCUCCAGAGUAACCAUGGCAAGCUGAGGACCUGCAAAAUCUACCAUCGACCUGGUUGCGAUACGAGCUGGCCGAUACGAUUUUUCCUGAUCAGCAAUAAGAAGAUCGACUUCUUGAAGCAGAUCGAGAAGGACGGUGAGGAGGGCAUUCCAUCGGUGAAGCUGUUAGUUCGGGAUAAAAAUGACAAAGACAAGGCCAAUUUUGACAAGCUGCUGGAAGCGAUCAAGGGAUCCAAGGAUGGCAAAACGUUGGGCGUCUUCUCCAAGGACAACUUUCCGGGAGAGUUCUGUGAAUCGUGGCGAGCGUUCGUCAAGGACAAGAGCUUCGACAGGAUGGACAUCAGCGUCCCAAUCGGGUACAUCAUGUGCUCCAAGAAGGACUCCGAGGUUGUCACCAUCAAGAAGGCCUGUUUGGUGACGUAUCGAAAACAUGCCACACUGUCGGAGGGUGUCGAGCAGGCUCUGACGGACAAAAGCUUGCAGUUCAGUGCAUUCAGCGUCAAGAACUAUCUGCACUUCGUCCGAACGUUGCUGGUCCAUCCGACGGAAACGAUCUCCAUCUGGAAGAGGAACUGCUGA